ACCGGAACCUCUACUUGUUUUGAAUUCUAAUACUUUCUUUUUUAGAGCUUAUUCUUUCGGGCUUGUAUAGAGUUUUGGGGGCUAAUUUCGGUGAAGAUAUAUGGUCAUAAUUGAAGGGAUUCCAAUAAAAUGCAUCCUUCUUUUCACCGAGUGGCGGUGUAAUGCUGGGGAGUAUUCCUAGAAAGACCAAACAUUUAUGCACUACAUUCAAUAAAAUAUUUAUUACUUAUAUAUCAACAUACACGUAUAGAUAAUUUAUUGUGGUGUAAGUAUAUUUAUCAACAAUAAUUUUCAAUACAAAUGUCAAGACAGUUUUAAUGUAUGUGGCGGUAACUUGGCGAACUACGAAAGCUAUCAACCAGAAGAUACAAGUGUUUAUCGACAGCUGUCAAAAUACUUCGGACCCGUCGGCCAGACACUAUCAACAACAACCUACUGUGGGAGAGAACAAGCCAGAUCCCAGUGGAGUAAGAAAUCAUGAAGAAGCGCUGGAAGUGGAUAGCAUACACAUUGAGGAAAGCACCCAACUGCGUCACAAGGCAAGCACCUCUUGAAAUCCUGAAGGCCAAAGGAGAAGAGGAAGAUCAAAGAACACACUACGCCGAGAAAUGGAGAUAGACAUGAAAAGAAUGAACAACAAUUGAAUGGAACUUGAAAGGAAGGUCCAGGACAGAGUGGAUUGGAGAAUGGUGAUCAGCGACCUAUGCUCCAUUAGAAGUAACAGACCUUAUCAUAUUCUUCUUGUUACUUUUUCUAACGAAUUUGUGCGGUCUAAUACUGGCUAGCAAUUAUGAUCAGUACAUAGAUAGAUUGAUAAAUGAUGGAAAAUUAUUAUAUGAUGAUUAUAUAAAACAAAAUCCUAGUUUAGAAUCAACAUUAGAACGUUUAUAUUCAAUGGAACAUCCAAUUUUUCAAGAAGAUUAUCCAGAAAAUUAUGAAAUUACUGAUAAACAAUGGAAUGCGUUAUUAAACGAAAUCAAUCAAGCUAAAUUAGGCAAACUAGAAGAAAAUGAUAUUGAUAAACCAAAAUUUAUUGAUUCAAAUUUUAAUGAAAAAUCAAAUGAUAAUUAUGAAUUAAAUUCAAAUAGAAAUAAUAUUAAUAAAGUUUUAAAUGAACCAAGUUUAACAGAACGUCGAAAUGAAAUUGCUUAUCAAAAUUCCCUAUGGGGUGAACAUAAAGUUUCUGGAGGUUCCAGUGAAACAGGUCAGUGGAUAGAUUAUGCCUUAUUGGGAGCUGAAGCACAAGAUACAACAGCUAAUAAUUUAAAUCUAUCUAGUGAGCUGGAAUCAUCUCAAAUAGAAUCUAAAUUUGAUAAUUUACCUGCUUAUUGUGAUCCACCAAAUCCAUGUCCAUUAAAUUAUAAAUCAAAUGAUUUACCAACACCGUGUGAUCAAGAUAUUGAAGAUACUAUUGAAUUUAAUCGACAUUGGAUAAUAAGAAAAAUGCAAAAUGGUGAAUGUUCAUGUGAUAAUGAACAUAUGGAUAACUGUCCAGUUGAAUCAAAUGAAAAUGGACAUAAAACUAAUUUUAUGUCUGGACAAAAGACUGAUGGAAAAAUUUUCUUGGUAAAUCCAUAUCUACGAGGAGAAAGUCGUAAAAGGCUGGUAGCUAAAAAACGAGUUAAACGUUCACACAAUUAUCGUUAUAAUCCUUAUUUAUUGGGUAGUGUUCACAAGACUGCAGUGAAAAAAAUUGGACCAUAUAAACCAUCACAAGAAAAGUAUAUGUAAUAAGCUUAAUACAAUGAAUUGAGUAAUAAUUGUAAUAAAUUAUACUUUAAGUUCAGUAAUAAUAAACGAUACAAUUCGACAUUGAUAAUAAAUUGAAUGUUUUUUUUUAAAAAAAGAUGGUACUUUUCUUUCUUUUUUUUUAUUCUUUCAAA